UGCUCCCUCUCUGUGCCUGUGCCCGCGGCGACGGCGCUCGCCCGCCACACCACACGGCGGCAGCAGCGGCGCGGCGGAAGUGCGCAUCGGCCGCCGACGGGGCGGCACCACGGCAGAGCGCGAAGGCAGGGCGGCAGCGCCAGUCGGCCAGCGCCCAGCUGCCCCCUGAUGGCCCUGACCAGUGAGAUGAAGAGGAGCAUAUCAAUAAAAUCAUUCUAUCAAUUUCAGUCCUCGAAUGAAAUUUGCCAGCAUUGAAGAUCGCAAGAUUAUAGAAUGCUAUGAGGAUGCCCAAGCAUAAAUUACGUAAAUGAGUGCAUCUAGAGGUUUAGGUUAAAGUUCUCUCCUUACUAUUGAUGAAGAUUGAAAAUCGUGAAGAUACGUCCCACUAGAUAUGCUGGUGACGGGAAGAGGCAGAGCUGUUCGGUUUGAGCGGGAGGAGUGGACGACGAAGAGGAGCGACAGGGUGCUUGCUCAGGCCAUGGCAGCCUCCGUAGCAUGCCAUGUUCUUGGUAGAUCCGCCCAUGGCCCGAGCCGCCGCUGCCUCCACUUUGUCCCCCACCACGCGCACCCCUUGCUCGUCGCCUUCUCCCGCCUCUGCGCCCACGGCCCGCUCUGCCACGCGCUCGCGCUGCUCGAGAACCUCGCCGCGGCUGGCCUCCGAGCGGACCCCGUCGCCGUCUCCCGCCUCAUCAAGCUCUGCGUCCGCCACGGCACGCCCAGCGAUGGACGCCUCAUCCACCGCUACGUUCAUGGCGGUGGCAGUAUGGGAGCGCAUUUCGCCAGCAGCCUCUUUGUCUCCAACUCCCUCGUCUCCAUGUACGCCAAGUUCGGCCUGCUCGACGAUGCACUGAGGCUGUUCGACGGAAUGCCACAGAAGAAUGUCGUGUCCUGGACAACGGUUGUCGCAGCGCUGGCCAAUGCCAGCGGGAGGAAGGAGGAGGCGCUGGCGUUUUUUGUUGCCAUGCUGAGGGACGGAGUGGCCCCCAACAUGUAUACCUUCUCGUCCGUUCUGGGGGCUUGCAGCACGCCGAGGAUGCUCACAGCAUUGCACGGGAGCAUCGUGAAGGUUGGUUUGGAUUCAGAUGUGUUUGUGCGGAGCUCCUUGAUCGAUGUGUAUAUGAAGCUUGGUGAUUUGGAUGGUGGCCGACGAGUCUUUGACGAGAUGGUCACCCAUGAUUUGAUCGUGUGGAAUUCAGUUAUUGCAGGGUUUGCACAGAGUGGGGACGGUGCUGGGGCGAUAGAGCUUUUUGUGAGGAUGAAAGAGGCUGGGUUCUUGUCUAACCAGGGCACCUUGACCAGUGUCCUCCGGGCAUGCACUGGGAUGGUCACGCUUGAGGUGGGGAGGCAGGUUCAUGCUCAUGUGCUCAAGUAUGACAGGGACCUCACUUUGCACAAUGCACUUCUUGACAUGUACUGCAAGUGCGGUAGCUUGCAGGACGCGGAUGCCUUGUUCAGCAGGAUGCCUCAGAGGGACGUGAUCUCGUGGAGUACCAUGAUAUCUGGUUUGGCACAGAAUGGGCGAAGCGUUGAGGCAUUGAAGGUUUUUCACACGAUGAAAUCUGAAGGGCCUAGACCGAACCAUGUAACUAUGGUUGGAGUUCUCUUUGCAUGCAGCCACGCGGGCCUAGUGGAAGAUGGUUGGUGCUACUUUAGGUCAAUGGAGAAACUCUUCGGCAUUCAACCUGAGAGAGAACACUGCAACUGCAUGGUUGAUCUCCUUGGUCGGGCAGGGAAGCUUGAUGAGGCUGUGAAGUUCAUCCAUGAGAUGAACUUUCAGCCUGACACAGUUAUAUGGAGGACUCUUCUUGGGGCUUGCAGGAUGCACAAAAACGCUGAUCUUGCAGCAUAUGCAGCAAAAGAGAUCCUCAAACUUGAGCCUGACGACCAAGGUUCCCUCAUAUUGUUGUCAAAUACAUAUGCUGGUUUGCGACAAUGGGAAGAUGCUGAGAAGUCAUGGAAGGUGAUGAGAGACAGAGGGGUGAAGAAGGAUCCUGGGCGAAGCUGGAUCGAGUUGGGUAAACAGGUGCACAUAUUCAUUGCUGGUGACUUGUCACACCCAUGCUCAGAGGGUAUAAUUCAAGAGCUGAGGCGACUCUUCAGCAGGGUCAGAAACCUCGGGUACACCCCCCAGACAGAGUUUGUGCUGCAGGAUCUAGCAAAUGAGCAGAAGGAGGAUCUACUGAAAUAUCAUAGUGAGAAGCUGGCCAUAGCAUUUGGAACGAUGAAUGUGAUGGAAGGGAAGCCCAUAAGGAUCAUGAAGAACCUCAGGAUCUGUGGUGAUUGUCAUGCAUUUGUGAAGCUCGUCUCCAAGAGUGAAGGUAAGGUGAUCAUCAUCAGGGACCCUGUUCGCUUUCACCAUUUCCAGGAUGGAGUUUGUUCCUGCAAUGACUACUGGUAGGGAUGACAGGCACUGUGCCACACAUUGGCAAGGUGGGUUGAAGGCUAGCAGUGAGUAGCAACUAUGACAAGGUCUGGUUAUGAAAGUGUCUGCCAAAAAUGUCCUGUCUGUGUGCUGGUUGUUGGAUGCAGAUACAUGUCACUACAUAGCGACACGUGUUCUCCCCACAGCUGACCCUGAACCACAUCUACAUUCCAGCGAAAAUCUGAAAGAAGAGAGUUAGAAAAAAGAGCCAAGCUAGUCGAAAGGAAGGGGAAAAAAUAAAGAUGAAUGCCAAAAAAAGCAGAGGAAAAAGAGGAAGGCAAGAAUACAAACAGCAGUUAUAGAAAACAAAGGUCCAUUGGGCCAGCCUCCCUCCCCUAUUGUCCACCUCAUCCAUGCCAGCAGUUUUGAGUGCUCCCCUCCGCCAAUUCUACUUUGAAUACCAAGUCAGAAUGCAUUUCAUUAUCUACUGUUCAAGUGAAGUGGCUGGAAGGUCUCGUAUAUGGUGGCAUAUAAUGAUUCACCUUUAUCCUGCUACAUAGUUGUUCACCUAUACCCUGCUAAAUAGUCCUGAGAUGUGCUUGGGUAUUGGUCAUGGCUUCACGGUUCGUGUAUAGAAUUCAGAGAAAUUAGAAGUUUUGCCGAUACAUAAGGAUUUUAAUAAGUAAUGGAGAUCAAGUUUCGUAAAUGAAACCCAGGUGCCGUAUGGAGAAUAAAACAGUGAGAAGAGCAACAGCAGUUAAUCUAAAAGGCUGAAAUAAUGCAGUGAAAGUUUGUCCAAUCUUUUGUGAAAACCGAAUCUCUAGGGCACUCUUGUUCCUCUCCUACUGGAAAGAAGUUAGCAUAAUAACCCAAACAAAUUUCAGGUAAAGUGUAAGCCUAAAUUUUUAUUUGGAGCUUCGUUGCUAUUAAAGGUUGUUUUAGCGAUCUGUUGAUGAACAAUGACAUCACGAAGUUAAUUGAUUGUCAGUGUCCUAAAAAAGUUAAAAACACAUUUUCUUUUUAACACAGAUCCUUCU